AUGCAUCGCCAGGAGUUUAACGAAGCGGUCUAUUACGAGUUUAUCAGAUCCGAUAUCGUAUUACGCGCUAAAGUCACUUACGGCAGUUUGAAUUGCAUGCAGAAGGUUCGUAUGGCUGCCGCUUGCGAAGAAGUGAGUGCACCAGCUCAGGAGGAACAACCUGCAAAUGAGGAGGCAAGCAGCGCUCAAGAACUACCAGAGGCAUCUAGUAAUGUAGAUGGAGCCAUGAAUAAAGUGCCCGGGUUUUCCACAAGAUACUUGAACGAGAAAUGGAUUGGUCGUUACGAUGAAACGGGGCAGUAUAUGGAGUACUUGAAUAAUCAGUGGCGACCUCUACCCGAAGAUGAUUUAGAAUUUGUUCAGCAGCUUUGGCAAGAGCAGGAAGCUGCCGAGACCCAGGUAGUGAAUGGAGUAAAGAUGAAAUGGAAUACAACAGCGCAAGAAUGGCAGAAAGUUGAUGAUGAGGUAGAUGAGGAUUUCAUUGCCAGUUAUCAAGCGACCUAUGGAGUUCCGUACGAUUACAGUAAGAUGGACGAGGAAAGGAAAGCUAAAGAGGCGGAAAGGUUGAAAAAUCACCCCGAUAAAGAAGAUAAAGAGAAGAAGAAAGCAAAGGGGUCAACUGAGCAACAAGGAUGGGUGGACAUGGAAGAGAAAGUCCACGCUGUCUACGUAAACAACUUGCCUCUGGAUAUCACCAUGGACGAAUUCAAAGAGUUCAUGUCAAAAUGUGGUGUGAUUCAACCUGACGCACGGACGAAUAAGCCAAAGUUGAAAUUGUAUGUCGAUGAAAAUGGUGAUCUCAAGGGUGAUGGAAGAUGUGUUUACAUAAAGAAGGAAUCAGUCGAUUUGGCGCUAUCUAUUUUGGAUGGAUUCAACCUACGUGGUAAAGAAGUCCACGUAGAAAAAGCCAAAUUCCAAUUGAAAGGAGAAUUCGAUCCAAGCAAGAAAAGGAAGAAGCUCACAAAUGCGCAAAAGAAGAGAUACAUGGAAAACCAAAACAGGAUUUUCGAAUGGAAACCAGAGAAACCUCGUAACUAUCGUCCUAUCUCAGACUGUACUGUUGUAAUCAAGAAUUUAUUUACCUUGGAAAUGAUGGAGAAAAAUGCUGCCUUGAUGCUGGAUUUGAAAGAGGAAGUCCAACAAAGUUGUUCGAAAUAUGGUACUGUAAAGAAGGUCAUCGUCUAUGAUAGCAACCCAGAAGGUGUUGUCACCGUAACAUUCGAAACAACUGAUGAAUCCGACAUGGCUGUAAAGAUGUUGAAUGGCAGAAUAGUAGAUGGACGGAGGUUAGAGGUGUCUCUUUGGGAUGGCAAAACAAAAUACAAAGUACAAGAAACUGAAGAGGAACGCCAGAGACGGCUAGCUGCUUGGCAAAAUUACAUUAAAGGAGAGAGCGAUGAUGAAGAAUCAGAAAGUAAGAAUCAAUCAGAAAACGUUGCGUCGGAUGCGAAGAAAAAUUCAGCUGAGGAAUCAACAACUGAGACUGGCGAAAAGUCGGGCGAAGUACCCACGCCAGAAAAGAAGGCCAAGUUAGAAAAUGAAAGCGGAUAA